UUCCGUCGCUUGUCUUACACGAGCACGGGAGGUUGUUAUUCUAAGCACGGAAAGUUUGGGACAAACAUCGCCUCGGUGAAAGCAGAAAUGGGGACGAAUGUUUUUGGCUUUGCGAUGGGAUGAAUAAGGAAAAAAAAAAGGUUUGGCCGCAAUUCGGUAGAGUGGUGGUGUUGGGGGUUAGCGGCGAGUGGUUGUCUCCGUUCACCCACCAACCACGACCACCACCACCACCUCUGCCAACCCUACAAAUGCAGAGACGCGACUCGGAGUCACAGACCUUCUUCCUCGCGGUACCUUGUUACUCCAGCCAGCCAGCCAAUCUACCCCUCCCGGGUCACUGCGCGUCGCGUGCACUGUUGGCGUUGGUGGUUUCUUACGUUAACCCACCACUACCACCCUUCUCCGGUUCUCCCUCACUUGCCAUCCCAUUCCAUUUCCAUCCACCAAAGGCAAAUCUACAACGCACCAACCGAAUCGACUGGAGAGUAAACAAAAAGGCGGGAUCCGAUCGGACAUGCCGCCGGCAUGUAGGCGUGGGCAAAGGCAGCAGAGGAGCUGGAGCUCCCCUCUCCGGUGGCACUGAGCAGUGGCACACAUGCGCGUCCAGCGCGCUGCGUGCUCUUGCCGUCCAGGUCCAAAGGAUUACAAGAGCAGGUGCUGAGGCGCGAGGCGCAGUACUGGCAGUAGCCCGUCGUCGACCGUCGUAGUGCUGCCCUCUGUGCGCGCCUUUUGGGUGAGGCUCCUCAAAAGCAGAGGGGGAAGCGGCAGCAUCUAGCAGCGCGGCACGGCGGAGGAGGAAGGGGGGGAAGCAGGAAUCAUUCCGCUGCAAGGCUGCCGCCCGCGCCACUGCCCCCGCUUUCCGGAGCCGAUCGGGCCCGCGCGCUCCUACCCUCUCCAUUCCAGUGACCUGAGUCUCCCCUCCGUGCCCGUGUCCGCGUCGUGCGCAUUGGGGCAUUUGGGUGGCGCUGUCGUCGCCCACCACCACCGCCAGCAGCCAGCCAGCCAGCCGCCUUUGCUGAUUGGUACGGCCGGGGCGCUGGCCUUUUCCUGAGAUGCUUCCGCUGCUGCUUAUAUCCACGGUCCCGGCGUUCACGCUGCUCCUCGUCGCGCCCGCCACCAAGCCCUGCUGCAAGCUCGCGCGGGAGCUCGGCCUCCUCGCGCUCCUGCUCGCCACGGAGCUGCUGAACCACGCCACCGCCGCGGGGAGGAGGUUUCUGGGGCGGGACCGCGGAGCGAGGAUGAUGCUGAGUCCGCCCAGGCCGAAGCCGGCCGCAUUGGCGGCGCCCCCGGCCGCGGCGGGGCUCCCGCUGCUGGACCUGCCGGAGCUCGCGCUGGACCGCGUGCUGGAGGAGCUCUCGCCGGCGUCGCUCGCCGCGAUGGCGUGCGUGUGCGCCGCGCUCAGGGGCCGGUGCUCGGCCGACGCGCUGUGGGAGCGCCACCUCCGCGCCAAGUGGGGCCGCGUGCUGGGCGGCACGGCGCGGAAGGAGUGGGAGGCCGAGCUCGGCGCCAGGGCCACCCGCGCGAGCGCGCCGCGGCCGGCGCGACGCAGGAGCUGGGCGGACUCGCUGGCCUGCGCGUGGCCCUUCUCCUGGAUCGCCGGCCGCUGGCUCAAGGGGGACGCCACCCCGGCACCGGCCGCCGUUGCCGCCGAGCCAGCGCCCGCGACCGCCGCGCCACCGACGGACACGGUGGCCGCGUGGUACCGGGCUCUCGAGUGCGGCGACUUCUGGUUCCCCGCGCAGGUGUACAACCGCGAGCAGGACGGGCAUGUCGGCUUCGUGCUCUCGUGCUACGACGCGCACCUCCGCUACGACCGGCGAACCGACACCUUCACGGCGAGGUACCCGCCGCACGGCCGGAAGCCGGCCAAGGAGGAGGACGGCGUGCAGUGGAGCAGGAUCCGCGCGCCGCCGGUGAGCACGCCGGCGCACGACCUGCACGGGUCGGGCUGCCUGGGGGCGCUGCGCCCCGGCGACCACUUCGAGAUCCAGUGGCGCAAGAACAAGGACUUCCCAUACGGCUGGUGGUACGGCGUCGUGGGUCACCAGGCGUCGUGCAACGCGAACGAGCAUCUGUGGUGUCGCUGCCAUGAGGACGAUAUGAUCGUCCUGGAGUUCCAGCACUACGCCCCCGGCUCGCGGUGGAGGCAGACCACCGUGAGCAGGAAGGAUCACAGGGAGACGGGGGACGAGACCGACGGCUUCUACGGGGGCAUCAGGAAGCUGCAGACCAAGGACGAGAUCGCGACGUGGCGGCGAUUCUGGCCCGUGGAUGUCCUCAACUGAUGGAGAUCGCCAGUCCCAUUUGCAGUCGGCCUGCGCGUCUGCGUCCCAAAUAAUUCUGGACUGAACCCCUCCUCGGGUCUGAACUCUGAAGGAUCUUUUUUUGCUAGAGAUUUAUGAUGCGGGAGAUUCAGUCUGCUCAAGAUUGCUAGAAGAAGGAUAGGCUACGAACCAUGUACAGAUUUAUAUCCAGUUUUCGACUUGGCUUUGUGCUGUCGCUGUAUCCUGGUUUAUAUAUGCAACAUAAUUCCCUGGAAUGCUAAUCGCAAUCCGGCCAGCUUUAAA